GCUGAUUUACAUUCAGCGCGCGUCCCCGGGCCCGGCUCAUGACUGCGCUCGGCCUGACGUCAGUGAGGUGUCUGUGCAUCAAUCAGCUCAGGAGAGUGACUCAGUCCCUGUUUCACUUUAAAAAAACACUUCAACUCCAGCAGCCCAGCACUCUGCAAUCUCACAGAUGCAACAGAACAGUUAGAGCUCCACUCCACAGCGUCAGGCUCUGUCUCUGUGCAAAAACCCUGGACAGGAAUUUGAAUGUACAACAUCUAAACAAACAGGGAACGGCUGGCAAGAUGAACAUUUCGAAGAAUUCCAGCGAGGAGCAGGAAUUCUGGCUGGAGACCAGCUUAGAUUUAGCCCUGACGCUGCAGCAAGUUUCACUCAAUCCCUGGGAUAUCGUGCUGUGUGUUUCUGGGACAGUGAUCGCCUGUGAGAAUGCAAUUGUGGUUGCUAUCAUCUUCUACACGCCGGCUCUGAGGACCCCGAUGUUCCUGUUGGUGGGCAGUCUCGCUGCUGCCGACCUGCUAACCGGCCUCGGGCUGAUCAUCCACUUUGUGUUCCUUUACUGCCUGCGGUCUGAGCUGGUCAGUCUGGUCACGGUCGGGAUCCUGGUCGGCUCGUUCACCGCUUCAGUCAGCAGCUUGCUGGCCAUCACUAUAGACCGCUACCUGUCUCUGUACAACGCGCUGACCUAUUACUCAGAGCGGACAGUCACUCGCACCUACAUCAUGUUGCUGCUGACCUGGAGCCUGUCUCUGAGCCUGGCCCUUCUGCCCAUCCUGGGCUGGAACUGUCUCCUGGAGCCUUCCUCCUGCAGCAUCGUCCGGCCCCUCACCAAGAACAACCUGAUCAUCCUCUCGGUCUCUUUCUUCAUGGUGUUCGGAAUGAUGUUGCAGCUCUACAUGCAGGUCUGCAAGAUCGUGUGCCGCCACGCUCACCAGAUCGCCGUGCAGAGACACUUGCUGUCCAGCUCCCACUACGUGACCACCCGCAAAGGCAUCUCCACCCUGGCCCUCAUCCUGGGCGCCUUUGCCAUCUGCUGGCUACCGUUCGCCAUCUACUGCCUGAUAGCCGACCACAGCUACCCUUCUGUCUACACCUACAUGACCAUCCUCCCAGCCAUCUACAACUCCCUUAUCAAUCCUGUCAUCUAUGCUUACAGGAACCAAGACAUCCAGAAAGUGCUCUGGGCCGUCUGCUGUGGCUGCUCCUCCAAAAAGUUGCCGUUUCGCUCCAGGUCCCCCAGUGAUGUCUAACUCCUGGGGCCAGCCAGCUCCACACCAGUUGGAUCUUACCGUGCCUGUCUUGCAUCUGACGGCUUGGGGAAGCGCCCUCAGUCGGUACCGUUGCACUGAGUAAUUCCGAAGAAUUCCCCUGCAGUCGGCCAUUCAGCCCAUCGAGUCCACACCGACCCCCCCCCCCCCCCCACGACCCCCCUUUCCUAAGAGGAUCCCACCCCUCUAUAACCCGUCCCUGGCUAAUCGAGCACGGCCAAUCUUCGGACUAUGGGAGGAAACCCACGCAGACCCGGGGGAGUAUGUGCGAACCCCACACUGAGAGUCGCCCCGAGGGUGGAAUCGGGUCCCUGGUGCUGAGAGGCAGCAGUGCUGACCACUGAGCCACUGUGCAAGAUGCUAACGAACGACACUGAAACAAUAAAGACUGGAGAUCACAUCCUGCGGAUGCUGCCUGACCCGCUGUGAUCUCCAGCAUUUGUUGCUUUCAGUACAGAUUCCAGCAUCUGCAUUAAUUUGCUCUUAUACUAUGUUACAAAAAGAUAAUUGCAGAGACAGUGCAGAGGAACAGAGUGGUCCCCCACACUGAAAUUCAAUGAAAGGACUUUGUGUACUGUACUUGAAUUUGCACAAUUGUUAAAAUAGAGAAAAAAAACAGCUGUCUAUAACGUACAUUGCACUUUGAAUUUCAGUCCUUACUGUCACAUUGC